GGUGUUGUGCGCCAUAUUGGCAAUCGCCUCCAUCUCACCAAGCUAGAGCAUGCAUGCAUCAAGCCGGUUGUUGAGAACAAUAUAAACAUUUUACAGCUUACAACGAGCCCCACAUACAACACAAUGGAGGCCGUUAAAGCAUUCAACGGCGAGCUCUACUCGCUGAAUGAGUACAAGCCUCCCAUCUCCAAGGCGAAGAUGACUAAUAUUACCAAGUCGGCAAUAAAAGCUAUAAAAUACUACAAACAUGUCGUACAGAGUGUGGAAAAGUUUGUUCAGAAAUGCAAACCGGAGUAUAAGGUCCCCGGGCUGUAUGUCAUGGACUCCAUUGUGCGGCAGUCACGGCACCAGUUUGGCCAGGACAAGGAUGUGUUCGCUCCACGCUUCAGCAAGAACAUCAUAGGAACCUUUCAGCACCUCUACCGUUGUCCGUCAGAUGACAAGAGUAAGAUUGUCAGGGUCCUCAACCUGUGGCAGAAGAACUCCGUCUUCAAGAGUGACAUCAUCCAGCCAUUGCUGGACAUGGCUGCAGGACUGCCCCCUCCCAGUGUCACCCCUGUCAUGUCCAGCCGGGACGCUCCGGUCAACAACGCUACGCCCGGUACCCCAGCGACUCCCGCCACCCCUGCCAACAUUGUGUCCAGUCUACCAGACUGGGCGUCACAGUUCUCCAACACCGACACUGUAGCCGCUGUGGCCCAGAUUCUGCAGAGUCCACAGGGCCAACAGCUCCAGCAGCUGGUACAGAGUCUGCAGAUGCAGCAGCAGAAGCCCCAGCCAUCCCUGCUCCAGGCGUUGGAUGCCGGCCUGGUGGUCCAGCUGCAGGCCCUGACAGCCCAACUCACUGCAGCAGCGGCAGCCAACCCCAUGCAGCUCAACCCCCUGGACCAGAGGGUGUCCUCAUUCAACAAGAAAAUGCUGGGUCAUUUUGACUUUGGGAAUGAGACCGAUCGCACUGAAGACUCUAAAAAGGACUCUCAGUCAUCCCAGAUGCCCAUGGUGUCAGACUCCAUCUUUCACCAGCUAGCUGAGCAGCUCCAGCAGCAGAACCUGGAGCAGUUUCAGAAGCAGCUCAUGGAGCACCAGCAGCAGCAGCAGCAGAAGUCCUUGAAUAUGGAGGGACAGGAUGGACUCUUUGGGUCUGACAACACGGCCACGCCCCAACAGAGCAGCAGCCAACAGCAGCACUCAGAGCUAGAGAACAAGAUGGACGACUCCAUUGACAACCAGCAGCAGGACAUGGACAUGGAUCUAGAUGAUGGGCCAGAGAUGGAUGAAGAGAUCUUUGAGCCAGAGGACAAGAAGUCCAAGACUGACACACGCUCCAGAACAAGGUCUAGGUCACGAUCGAGGUCUCCCAGGAAGAGAAGGUCCAGGUCACGGUCAGGCUCCAGGAAGCGCAAACACCGCAAACGGUCAAGGUCGCGCUCCAGAGAACGCAAGAGGAAGUCGUCGCGGUCCUACUCAAGUGAGAGACGAGCCCGCGAGCGAGAGAAAGAACGCCAGAAGAAGGGACUGCCUCCCAUUCGAUCCAAGUUUCUCAGCGUGUGCAGCACCACUCUGUGGGUGGGCCAGGUGGACAAGAAGGCCACUCAGCAGGACCUCACUAACCUGUUUGAAGAGUUUGGUCAGAUUGAGUCCAUCAAUAUGAUCCCUCCUCGCGGCUGUGCCUACAUCUGUAUGGUCCACAGACAGGACGCCUUCCGCGCCAGACAGAAACUCAGCACCGGUUCAUACAAGAUCGGCUCCAAGGUCAUCAAGAUUGCGUGGGCGCUGAACAAGGGGGUGAAGCAGGAGUAUAAGCAGUUCUGGGACAUGGACCUGGGGGUCAGCUACAUCCCCUGGGAGAAGGUCAAGCUGGACGACCUGGACGGCUUCGCGGAGGGGGGCAUGAUCGAUCAGGAGACCGUCAAUGCUGAGUGGGAAGCAGCCAGGAAUGCACCAGAGCCGGCGAAGGAGCCCGUGAAGGAGCCGGUGAGCCAGGCUGAACCCAUGGCUCCCACCAACACCCAGCCGAGCCAACCAGAGGCCUUCAGCCAGCAGGUCACCAUGAUGCCCGUGCAGCUCCCCGUGACCCAGGCCGUCCCUGCUGGGGGUCUCGUCCCUCAAGCCUUCCCUGUUUCCAUGACGAUGCCCCCGCCAGGUUACGGCCCCCCGCCCCCUUUCCUCAGGGCCGGGUUCAACGCCUCCCAGCCUCCUCCAGGCUACAUGCAGGCCCCGGGCGUUCCUCAGCCCGCUGGGAUGGGCUCUGCCCCUACCGCUCCGGUGCCGCCCUCCAUGACACAGACACAGGACGCCAUGAAGGAGUCGCCGUACGGCGCCGCCGUCCCGGGCGGCUUCAUGCCCACCGCCAUCCCCGGGCAGAGGGUCUUCAACCCGCUUCAGCCCGGGGUUCAGACGCAGCCGGGCGCCGGCGACAAGACCGGCCAGUCGGCCGACAGCGUGGACCCUGCUGCCGAGUUAACGCUGCAAGGUAUGCAGAAUGCAAUGAGUCGCGGGAUGGGUCUUCUGGGGAUGCACCCCGCCGCCUCCCUCCCCCACCCACUGCACCAGCAGGGCCUGCCUGGCCAGAGGAUGCCGGGGCUGCUGCCACUGGAUCUCCGACCCAGUAUGCUCCAGGGAGCCGGGGCUCGCUUCCCCCUCCUGAUGCAGCAGGGCCUGUCCCAGCAGAACCUCCUGGACGCCUCCCUCCACGCCCAGGCCCGCGCCAGAGCGGCAUCCCAGAUGGACCACUUCAACCGGGCCGAAGGGGUCUUCAACCGGGCGCCCAACCCCCCGAACGAAAGCGCGCCCAAGGCUGAGAAUGAGCCCCCCUCCGGGGCCGAUGACAGCCAGCAAGGGGGCGACCAGGACUACCGCUUCCCCCCGCCACAGGAGAAGCAGAGCACUGGCCUGCUGAGGACCCCUCCCCUGGAGCACCGGGAGCCUAUGGGUGGUGGUGGUGGGAGGCCUGCUGGUAUGCCUGGAGGAGGAGGCCGACCCCCCCUGCUCCAGACCCCAGUGAGGGAGCCAGUGAGGGAGCCGCCCAGAGACACCGUGGUGGGUCGGCUUCAGGCUCUCGCCGGGUUCACCCCCCAGACCCAGAGUCGCUGGGGGCCACCCAGAGGGGACUUCGAUGAGCGCGACAUGCGAGCGUCGCCGGCAGGGGUCUCCAAGGGCUUCCAGGAGGAGCGUCCUGGCACCAACCAGGUGCAGAACUUCCCCAACCGAUUCGAGAACCAGAACCGCCCUGGUGCUGCCGGUGGGGUAGCAGGAGGAGGUGGUCCCGGAGGUCCUGGUGGUGGUGCUGGAGGCGGAGGUCCGGGCUGGAAUCUCGGUGGUGCAAAUUCUGCCGCGCCGUUUGCAGAGGCUGACAUGGCGCAGGACUUGGAUGAGCGCCGGCGUCCCUGGGAGAGACAGCAGCGUGACCGCGAUGACCGGGAUGACCGGGACUUUGACUUCAGGAAGGAGAUGAACGGCAACCGCCGCGAGAGAGACCGGGACCGCGAGGGCGAUCGCGAGAGAGACCGGGACCGCGAGAGAGACCGAGACCGCAACCGUGAGCGUGGUAACCGUGAGAGAGAACAGGAGCGCGAGAGAGAGCGUGAAAAGGAGAGGGAGAAAGACCGGGAGAGGGACCGCAACAAGCGUGGGGCCUGGACACCCCUACUCCCUCUACCACAACCGCUUCUCCCUACUCCUACCCUGACCCCGACGCUCUCCCUGACCCAAGGCAAACCUCAGGCCCUGCUUCAACUACAGUCCAGGCUUCAACCUAAACCCGGACUCCUGAGCAGACCGGGUCUGCUUCAGACUCCAACCCUCCGCGCUCUAACACCACAGGCCACAAACAAGUCCCUUCCCCAAGGCCUGUACCUGUCUACGACCCAGGCUCCGCCCCAGUCCACCCAGUCUCCACCUCAAGCUCCGCCCCAGUCCACCCAGUCUCCGCCCCCGUCUGCCCAGUCUCCACCUCAAGCCCCGCCCCCGUCCGCCCAAUCUCCACCUCAAGCCCCGCCCCUGUCUACCCAGUCUCCCCCUCAAGCCAAGAAUGAAGCCCUCUCCAAUCCUGAAUCCCAGCCAGAUCUCCAGACCCGUGCUCCCCCGAAGGCUGAACCAUCACCCCAGGUCGAAUCCUCUUCCCAGAACCAGACCGCACCACCAAACCAGGCUCCCCCUCAGGCCGUGUCACCGCCCCCUGCGGAGUCCCCUUUCCAGGUCCAGUCACAACCGCCACAAGCGCCCAGGACCCCUGAGGAGAACACUGUGGAGAAACCCCAGGAGGAACCCGUUGCGGAGCCUGAAACCACAGAGGGACCUCCUCCUCAGUGGGUCAACGGGACGGGGACGAGGAUGGACAGUGACACGGUGGCUGAGCCCCAGCUAGAACGGCCGGCCAACCCGACCCUCCCCCCCUCGCCCGCGGUGUCAGCGGUGACCGAGGAACGCCAACUACUGCCGGAGCCCCUGGACGUGCCGGAGACACGGCCGCGUACCUCCUCUUCCUCCUCCCCUCAGGAUGUAGACAAUGAAGUGAGUGGUCCGGUGGAGGAGUCAGAGAAACUGCCAGUGGUAGAGCAAACACACACUGAGGGGACAUAACCAUCACUCAGUAGGUAAAGAUCAUUUUGUAAAGUUGUCUCUUCUCUGUACUCAUGUCAGCGACCCACAGGACCCUGCCUAGUAAUUCACAUAAUGUUGUCUGAUAACCUAACAAAUGAUUUUAUCUCUCACAUAACGGUGUACUUCAAUAGAUGGCUCGCUAGCUGAUUAAAUGGUAGGUGAUUUUUUUGUUUUUGUUUUUUUUUAAUAAUUUUAUUUCUUUCCUUUUUUUUUUUUUUUUUAUUAAAUGCCACCCCUUGAUUUUAAGCUAGGUGAAUUUUAAUGAAAACUGCUUGCCAAAAUGUUUGAAUUGUAAAUGAGAAAAAGAGCUUUGACCUUCCUAUGGAAGAGUGUAAGGAUCCUGGCUGUGUCCCGUGCAUUGACUCCAGAUUACAGAAUACUUGAAAACAGUAGUCGCUGGCCUGUUCUGUCUCUUCUGUUAAAUUAUGCUGCUGCAAAGUCUAAAAUGAAUGCCUUUGUGGUGUCCUAUAUGCUUCUUGUCUAAAAGCAGAAUAUAGCCUACAUACAGUGAGAACAGUACAGUUGAAAGAUUAAAAACAUGACCUGUGUUAUCCUAAAAAUAAAUGUAUGUGAUUUGUUCAUAACGCAUUCAUUCAAAGGACAAAGUAAAGCCAGAAAAAAAAGGCAAAUCCUUAAAAAGAGGAUGGAUGAGUGUUGGGUGCAUUCUGUUUUAGUUUGAAAUAAACAUGCUCUGUUUGUUAA